AUGAAGAGGCAUCAUCUUAUGAUUUUUUUUCUAUUCUUUUUAUCCUUUUUAACACUAUCCUAUAGUGAUGAUAAAGAUUAUCAAAUAAUUAAUAUACAUAUUAAUGAAGAAUUACCAGUAUCAACAAUAUUAUUUAUAACACCAAAUAAUAUUAUCUAUCGUUUAUUUGAUUCAGGUCGAAAUCAAAAUUCAUUUAUAUAUUAUAAUACAUCGAAUGGUCAUGUUUUACUUCAACAUUUAUUAGAUCGAGAAGAUUUAUGUUUACAACAUAUAUGUUCAUGUAGUAAAUGUCAAUUAAUUAUUGAAUUAAUUGAAUGGCAAACACCCUAUCGUCUUUUAAGACUUAUAUUAAAUAUUGAAGAUAUUAAUGAUCAUAAACCAAAAUUUUCAUCCGAAAUUUAUCAAUUAAAUAUAAUAGAAAAUGUACCAUUUGGAUAUGAAUUACCAUUAGAAUCAGCUUAUGAUACUGAUUUAGGUGAAAAUGGUCGAAUUAAUUAUGAACUUUUAAGUUUAAAUGACGGACCAUUUGAAUUAAUAAUGAAAAUAAAUGGUGGCAUAGCUUUGAAAGUAAUUAAAAAAAUUGAUCGGGAAGAAAAAGAUUUUUAUGAAUAUGAUUUAAUUGCUUUUGAUUAUGGACAACCACGUCAACAAAGUUCAGCUAAAUUAUAUAUUAAAAUUGAUGAUAUGAAUGAUAAUUCAGUUGAACUUUCUGAAACAUAUAUUCAUCUUCAUGUUAGUGAAAAUACACCUGUUGGAACUGAAUUAGCAUAUAUUAAUGCAACAGAUAAAGAUAUUGGACUUAAUGGAAAAAUUCAUUAUUCAAUUAGUAAUGGUUUUCCUUCAUCUAGUUGGAUGGAUUAUUUUCGUAUUGGAGAAUCAACUGGAAUAUUAACUCUUGUUAAUUCACUUGAUUAUGAAAUUGAACAAUCCUAUCGAUUAACAAUACAAGUUCGAGAUUUAGGUGAAAACUCACUUUCAAGUUUCGUAUCAAUUGAUAUAUCUAUUCUUGAUGAAAAUGAUAAUUAUCCUCAAGCAUUUGUUACAUUUGUAUAUCCAAUUUUAAAUAAUUCAAUAAUUUCCAUUCCAGAAAAUAUUCCUAUUGGUCAAAUUUUAGCACAUAUAUCAAUAUCAGAUCAAGAUUCAGGUUUAAAUAGUGAAAUGUCAUAUAAAAUUGAAGAAGGUAAUGAUAUUAUUGGAAUAAAAAUACUUGAUCAAAAAUCAUUUCUACUUAUUAUUAAUCAUUUAAUUGAUCGUGAAGAUGAAAAUAUCAAAUCAAAUAAAUUUAUUUUAAUUAUUUCUGAUAAUGGAAAACCAUCAAAAUCAAUACGAUUAGAAUAUCAAAUAAAUAUUAUUGAUUUAAAUGAUUCACCACCGAAAUUUAAUCAAUCAUUAAAAUGUAAUUUACAUUUAAAUAUUUCAUUAAAUCAAUCUUUAGAUCAACCUUUAUUUAAAGUACAAGCAACUGAUUUAGAUUUAAAUGAUAAUAGUCUCAUAUCAUAUUCAAUACUAUCUCCAUAUGAUGAUUUAUUUAUGAUUAAUGAUCAAGGUGAAAUAUUUAAUUUAGAAUAUUUAAAUCAGUCAUAUUAUCAUUUUCAAAUAAUGGCUAUUGAUCAUGGAAAACCAAUUCGUUUAAAUUCAACAUAUGAUUGUUAUAUAUCAAUUUCAAUAACAAAAAAUAAUCUUACGAAUUCAAAUAAAUCUAUAUUAUUAAUUGAUAAUUUAGGAAAAUUUAAAUAUUAUUAUUCAUUUAUAGUUAUUUGUUUAUUUUUAAUUAUUAUAUUUUCAAUGAUUGGUAUAAUUUUUUAUUUUUAUAAAUUUAUAUUUAAUCAUCGAAAAUGUUAUAAAGAAAAUAAAACAUAUCAUUUAUAUGUUUCGAUUCCUCGAAAAUCAAUCUAUAUUGAAAAUGAAAGUCCAUGUAGUAGUAAAAUUGAUGAUAAUGAAUCUGAAGAACAUGAAAGAUUAGUUCAUUUAAAUGAUAAAGAUUCAUUAUCAGACCAUCAUCAAUUCUCUCGAACAGUUCAAAGUAGUUAUUCAUCUUCAAUAUCUUCAACUGCAAAACUUCCACAUGAUAGUGCUUAUGAAUCAGUUUCUUUAUCAAAACAAAAUAGUCAACGAUUAUCAUUAUCAACAACAUGUACAAGUAUUGAAACAGAAUCAUCAUGUAAAUUAAAAAAUUCAAAUUCAACUGUUGUUCGUCUUGCUGAAGAAGAAAAUAUUGAUGUUUAA